AUGUUGAAAUUUGUAGUAGAUGUUGUUCGACUGGUGGUAGGGGAUGUUGUAGGACAAGUUCGACUGGUGGUAGCGGAUGUUGUAGGACAAGUUGUGGGGGAUGUUGUAGGACUGGUAGUAGAUGUUGUUCGACUAGGAUGUUGCUGGAUUUGUAUUGGAAAGGGUUGUAGAAAGACAUGUAGUAGAGAUGUUAAACUGGUAGCAGGAUGUUGUUGGACUAGUAUUAGGGAAGAUUGGUGGACUGGUAGAAAGGGUUGUAGUAAGACUGGUAGUAGAGAUGUUGUUAAACUGGUAUCAAGAUGUUGUUGGACUAGUAUUAGGGAAGAUUGUUGGACUGGUAGAAAGGGGUGUAGUAAGACAGGUAGUGGAGAUGCUGUUAAAAUGGUAGUAGGAUGUUGUUGGACUAGUAUUAGGGAAUAUUGUUGGACUGGUAGAAAGAGUUGUAGUAAGACAGGUAGUGGAGAUGCUGUGAAAAUGGUAGUAGGAUGUUGUUGGACUAGUAUUAGGGAAUAUUGUUGGACUGGUAGAAAGGGGUGUAGUAAGACCAG